CACCAAUACACUUAAACUAUGUCCAACUUUCUCCCAACACUUUGUUUACCUAUAAUAUGCAAAUUGCAAUUGCCUUUCUCAUCAAACUAUUAUUCUUCCCUCUCAACAUUCAACAAAUAAAUGUUAUGGAUUUCAUCUUCCAACUUUCCUUGUCUAUUAUCUCCCUAGUAAUUGCUUAUAAGCUCUUCAAGAAGCUCACAACUAGACUACCACCCGGGCCACGCCCGUGGCCUAUCGUCGGAAAACUCGAUGAUGUCAAGACCAAUAAGUUCGAAUGCUUUACAAGAUGGGCUCAAUAUUAUGGACCUAUCUUUUCGAUUUGGAUUGGUUCGAGUUUGAACGUGAUUAUAUCAAAUUCGGAGUUGGCUAGGGAGGUUUUUAAGGAAAAUGAUCCACAAUUAGCAGAUAGAUAUAGAAGUAGGUCCGUUGCCAAAAUUAGCAAUGGUAAAGAUCUAUUAUGGGCUGAUUAUGGGCCCCAUUAUGUUAAGGUGAAAAACAUUUGUGUGGUUGAACUUUUCUCUCCAAAAAGGCUUGAGGCCCUUAGACCUAUUAGAGAAGAUGAGGCCACGGCUAUGGUUGAGUCCAUUUUCAAGGAUUACAAUUCUGAAAGCCGGAGCAAAAGCUUAGUAGUGAAGAAAUAUAUAGAGGCAGCAACAUUCAACAACAUGACAAGGUUAGUAUUUGGGAAGAGGUUUGGAGAUGUGGAUGGUGUUAUGUGUGAAGGAGGACUGAAAUUUAAGGCAAUUUUAGCAAAUGGACUCAUGCUUAGUGAGUCUAAGGCCAUGUCGGAGCACAAACCAUUGCUUCAAAGGUUGUUCUCCUCAGAAAGGAAGGCAUUCUCUAAACUUGGAUCUCAAAGGGAUAAACUUACAAAGCAAAUUAUGGAAGAGCAUAGUCUUGCUCGCCAAAAGAGUGGAGAAUUACCCAAGCAACAUUUUCUUGAUGCCUUGAUCACCUUACAAGAGGAGUAUGAGCUUAGUGAUGAUACCAUCACUAACAUCCUUUGGGACAUGAUUACUAUGGGUAUGGAUACUAUUUCUAUAUCCGUAGAAUGGGCCAUAGCAGAGUUGAUCAAGAAUCCAAGAAUCCAAAAGAAGGCCCAAAACGAGAUGGACCUUGUGAUUGGAUCAGAUCGGAUUAUGACAGAGUGGGACUUCUCGAACUUACCAUACUUAAGAUGUAUAGCCAAAGAAAUACUAAGGUUGCACCCUCCAACCCCUCUCCUCCUUCCACACAAAGCCAACACCGAUGUUAAGAUUGACAAAUAUGACAUUCCUAAAGGCUCAAAUGUUCAUGUAAACAUUUGGGCCAUAGCCCGUGAUCCAACAGUUUGGAAAAGCCCAUUAGAAUUUCGUCCAGAAAGGUUCAUGGAAGAAGAUGUGGACAUGAAAGGCCAUGAUUUUAGACUUUUGCCAUUUGGAUCUGGAAGACGGGUAUGUCCGGGAGCUCAAUUCGGGUUGAAUUUGGUUACAUGUAUGUUGGGUCAUUUACUUCACCAUUUUAAUUGGACUCCAGCUGAUGGACUUAUGCCUGAGGAUAUUGAUAUGGGUGAGAAUAUGGACACAAUGACCAGCAUGCGAACUCCAUUACAAGCUAUUGUUACCCCAAGAUUGCCUAACCAUUUAUAUGAAAGAGUUGUUGUAGACUUAUAGCUUUGUGCUUAUUGAGAUAUUAUUAGACACGUAGUAUAUACAAUUCUACUUCAAUUUAGCAAAUACCUUAUGAUAAAUGCCCAAAUGGUUAGUCCUCUUUGGAUAUUCAUAAUGUUUUGUUUUACUUAAGAUGUAUUCAUACUGGG